GAGCUCUCUACAAAAACAUCUGAAUCUCAGCUUACCUCGAGCCUCAUUUCUGACGCUGUUUUACCUUUUACGCAGCGCAAACACGUUCAUAUGCGCCUUUUCCCUUCGUAGGAACUUUAAUGAGCAAACAUGGCGACGUGCGUGCCGUUCCAGAGCCAGUUAUCGUCCAUCCUGGAGGUUCUGGUGCGUUCGGCCGUGGCACAGAUCUCCAAACUGGUGGAUGAAAAAUGCGCUUUUCUGCACCUGGAAAUCUCCCGAAAGCAAAAUGAGAACGAGAUGCUCAAACGGAGGCUGCAGGCGGCGGAGAGCAAGAACGCGCUGCUACAACAAGGAUACGCAGACAAAUACCUGGAGAGUGGCAUCUCUCUGGACACCAGUGCACCUGUGCAAGGAGAAAUCAAGUUUCCAGACCUUCUCGAGAACAGCUCUGCUCCGUUCACCGUAAAAGAGGAGAGUCCAGACGACCUGUGGAUCAGUGAAUCUACUCACAGCACUGGUUCUUCCAUACAAUUUGUGACCACCUCAGCUUCCGACAGUCAGCGCUUUGAAAAGAACUGUCAAAUCACCCCAACAGAGGUCCCCACGCCACAGAAAAACAUGGACAUAAGCCACUCGUACAACCCGUCCCACCACAACAUGAACCAAAACUUCACCGUAAAAACCGAAAAAGAGGAGGACCAAUCAGGAUUCAACCAGGACAGUUGCCAACACAGCACUGGAAAACCUCAACCAGCAAAUAUUAACAGCGACUUUACUAUGGACGAACGCAACAGCCAACUCUGGUCUUCAAUUAUGGACGGAAACGAAAUAGAUUCCAGUUUUCCGGAUUUUUCUAGCGUUGUUGACGAGUAUUCAAACACGUUUUCGGACCAGACCGACGCCGUGGCUAAAGCCGGCAACGCCCAUCAAGUCCAGCCGCAUUGUAACGGGGUUUUCAACAGUGAAUUUUCCAAGGACACGUCGCAAAUGGCAAAUUUUCAAGCUGGAAUUUCGAACAAUUUGCACAAUACACAUUUACAAGAAAGAGAAAGUGAUGAUAGAUCUAUUUUAAACCAGGGAAGUGAUAUUUUUGAACAGAGUAGCUAUAGUUCGCAGCAAAACUUUCAAAAUAAGACAGUUUCAGUGACUCGGGGUUACUCUUGCAUGCAGUGUGGGAAGACUUUCGGCCGUUUACACCAGUUUAAGUUACACCAGCAGAGUCACAAGAGAAAGAGAGCCUUUUGGUGCACCGUUUGUGGUAAAAGUUUCAUGUGUUCGUCCCAUUUGAGGAUUCACCAUCGCACCCACACCGGAGAGAAACCAUUCGGCUGUUCGGUCUGUGGGAAGAGGUUCACACAGCAGAGCAGCCUCAGGGUGCACCAGAGGACUCACAGCGGAGAGAGACCUUACAGCUGUUCAGACUGUGGCAAGACAUUUAUUCUUAUGCACCAUCUCAAGAGGCAUAAAGUUAUUCACACGUACAAUGGAUAGACGCGGUUUGAACUGGUCCUUUCAGUUAAUGGAUGAAAACUGAAAUGCCCUAACAACUACAAAUACGGUAGCCACGCCCGUCUGCUUGUGUCCAUGGAGAUAUUAAUGCCUUGUAAUGUUCCACAGUAUCUUAAAAAAUGAGUGAGACCUUACAGCUGUUCAGACUGGGGCAAACCCUUCAUACUAAUGCAUCAUCUCAAGAGACAUAAGCUUAUUCACACGUGCAAUGGGCAGAAAAUGUGUCGUUAUAAACAGGGUUUGAACUGGCUACCCUCAAGUUAAUGGGUGAACACUUAACCGACUGUGACAGACGCUUGUUACAAGUGAAAGGUAAAUUUACCUGUGUGACGUUUCAGUAGGGGGUCUGAACUGCUUGUCUUCAUGGAAAUAUUAAUAACUUAUGAGUAAUGUUCCACAGUAUAGCAUUAAAACAGCUCUACCUGACGUUUUCAUCUUAAAAAUGUGAAAAACAGAACUAAUCGAGACAUAUCUUACAGCUGUUCAUAGUUUGGCAAGACAUUUAUUCUAAUGCACCACCUGAAAAGGCAUAAGAUUAUUCUCACGUACAGUGGGUAGACGCGGUUUGAACUGGUUACCUUCCAGUUAAUAGGUGAACGCUUAACUGGCUUUGAAAUACACCAAAAAAGAAAAAUAAGGCCGCGAAACUUGAAAGUGCAUUGUGUAACAUUUUUGUUGGGAAGCCCGUCAGCUUGUGUCCAUGGAGAUAUGAAUGCUUUGCAAUGUUCCACAAUUCUGUCUUAAAAAACGAGAGACCUUACAGCUGUUCAGACUCUGCACCAUCUCAAGAGGCAUAAAGUUAUUCAAUAGGGAUGCAAUGAUAUUCGAUAUAAUACCAUAUCAUUCGAUACUGGUGUCACGAUUCGAUAAACGCGUUCGGUCGAUAUGAACAUGUCCCUCCAUGUGCGCUGUGCUGUCAUUUAUUUUGUUUAUCUAUCUGUUAUUGCAGCGUCCUCCUCAGGUGCAGCAGAAAACAGCUCUGUAGGGACUUACAGCUGAAAUAUUCUAACAGAGGAGGGUUUGAGCUUUCAGACAGUUUUUAUUUUACGUUGAUAGACUCAGGAAUGACAAAGGUAUGAACUUUUAAUCACUUAAGAAUCGCGUUUGGCUUUACAUCGACUUUAAUCAAAUGUGCUUGUAUACACACCUGCAACGGGACACGCAAUAUACGCAAUCUUUUUCUUAGACUCUAUUUCAUAAGUUUUACUCAGAAAAUGAUCUGUUGACACAUUUCCUUGUAAUGUAAUCUAGUUUGAGUGUUCAGAAAGGAGAUGAGAGAGACUGUAACAGGACAGUGUGGGAGGAGCUACUGUCUGUCUCUGCUGCUGCUGGAGACGAGGCAGAGCAGCACCGACACAGGAGUCUGUGUGAAGGCAGCGAGACUUAGGAGGAAAAGAAAUCACCAAAUCAUCAUCAAAAAAGGAAAAGUCUGAUAGUGUAGCUUCCCUACCAGUCUAUAUUAAGAUGAGACUGACUCUAUUAUGAAAUAUAAAAUAGUCCUAGAAAGCUCUGUUCUUAUUUUUACUGAAUAAAAAUCCUGUGAAUCAUUGAACCAAAUGAACUAAAACACUUCACAUGUAAACUACAGCUGUAACAGUAGUUGUACUGUAGUGUUUUGUGUGUAAUGUAUGUAUGUUUCAUUAACAUGAUGCUGUUAUUAUAUUAUAGUCAUUAGCAGAAAAAAAUUACAUGAGAUUUUUCUUUUCCACAUCUUGAAACGUUACAAAAUUGAAUCAAUAUUGCGACCUGUGUAUCGAAUUGUGGGAAAACAGUUUCGUUGCAUCCCUAUUAUUCACACGUACAAUGGGUAGAUGAGAUUUGAACCUGUUAUCUUUCAGUUAGUGAGUGAACACUUUACCAACUGUGAAAGUGAUGCCCUGCCAACAAAAAAUAAGGUUACAGUAAACAUGAUGUAACUUUUCUGUUGGGGUCUGUCUCCAUGGAGAUUUGAAAGCCUUGGGUGUCAUGUUUUUAUCAUUGUACAAAAUCUGGUAUAACGCUUAUAAUCUUAAAAAUGUGAAAAACA